UCAAAACUGACGCUUGUAUCAUAACACAGAUAUCUAUUUAGCAAAAUAUGGUAUAAGCGGCUUCCGCCGAAAAACUCUUAUGUCUCCAGAAAAUGCUAUAGGGAUCAAUGGAUUCUAGCUAUUUUCAAAUAGACCCGAAUUGACGGAUAGCUGAACUGUAAAGUUGGUCUAUCUAUUUGGCUAUCUUUAGUGAGAUCGUACGAAGGGUAUGUUAUUAGUUUAGAUCUAACGAAUUUAAUGAAUUACUCCUAAAGGAUCACAUCAAACUAGUGCUAGUUGAUGCGAGUUACUUCGGAAAAAAAAGGACUAAAGUCAAAUUCAUUUGGGGUAUUCUCUCAAUUCCAAAAAAAUCAACUGGAUCAAGUAUGAGUUGUCGAUCAGAACAUAUAUGGAUAGAACCUAUAACGGGGGCUCGAAAAACAAGUAAUUUCUGCUGGGCUGUUAUCCUUUUUUUAGGUUCAUUAGGAUUCUUGUUGGUUGGAACCUCGAGUUAUCUUGGUAGAAAUUUGAUAUCUUUAUUUCCGUCUCAGGAAAUAGUUUUUUUUCCACAAGGAAUUGUGAUGUCUUUCUACGGAAUCGCGGGUCUUUUUAUUAGCUCCUAUUUAUGGUGCACAAUUUCGUGGAAUGUAGGUAGUGGUUAUGAUCGAUUUGAUAGAAAAGACGGAAUAGUGUGUAUCUUUCGUUGGGGAUUUCCUGGAAAAAAUCGUCGGGUCUUCCUCCAAUUUCUUAUAAAAGAUAUUCAGUCUGUCAGAAUAGAAGUGAAAGAAGGUAUUUAUGCUCGUCGUGUCCUUUAUAUGGAUAUCAGAGGCCAGGGAGCCAUUCCAUUGACUCGUACUGAUGAGAAUUUUACUCCACGGGAAAUGGAACAAAAAGCUGCUGAAUUGGCCUAUUUCUUGCGUGUACCAAUUGAAGUAUUUUAAGAAAUGAGCCGGAAUGCUUUCUCAGCAGGAGGGCAAAAACGCAAGAAUGCUCUUUUUCCAUAACAUAACUUAAUUGAGGUUUCUUCAGAACAUUCAUUCGAGUCAAAGCAAACAUAUAUGGAACAAGUAUAAAAAAAACUAUUUUGGGGAUCUUUUAGAUGUAUCGAUUUAGAUGUAUCGAAAUAUACAUAACUCAAUUCAAUAAAAAAAUAAGAAACAAAUCGAAAUAUCUCAUAAUCAACCAUUUAGAAAUAAGGAAAUUCCACCCUUUUUAACUUGUUGGAAUUGAGACUUUAGAGAUCAUAUCUUGUAAUUUUUUCGAAGCUUAUUUUUAUACUUUUUGUGCUCCUUAAUGACCAAAAAAUUGAAUCUCUUAUAAUGAUAAUUAGCAAAUUUAUGUCGUUUUUUGCCACUCAUUUUUCACAAUAUUCUUCAGAAAUUUCCCUCAAUUAUU